GGUGGAAGAGGGAGACACGCAGACACACUCACCCAGGGCGCGAGUGAGUCAAAGGAGGGAAGCGGGAGGAACUGGGAUCCGCCGCAGGAGCCAAGGCGGCAGAGGCAACGAGAAGGAGGAGAAGAGCGGCAGCAGCAGCAGCAGAGACCCGCAGCGCGCGCCUCUUUCCAUUGCUGCCUCCCUCUCUUGCCUGCUCUGCUCUGCUCUGCUCUCCAUGGGCUGAUCCCUCGCGCCGGAGCCGCAACUGCAGCAGCAGCAGAAGGAAAGGACGAAGAGGAGGAGGAGGAGGAGGAGGCUGCAGCCCUUCCUUCCUUCCUUCCUUCCCUCCCUCCUUCCUUCCUUCCUUCGUUCCUAGGCCUCGGCUCCUCUUCUCCUCCUUCCUCGGCGGCAUGAGGAGCUGAAAAAGGGGAAGGAGGAGGAAGGGGAGAAGAACUACUUUCUGUGGGGAUCAAGGAGUGAUCUGUAGUCAUUGAACGCUUUCUGAAGAGACAUUUUCGCCAUUAUGAAUGAAGUAGCAAUAGUGAAGGAAGGCUGGCUCCACAAACGAGGAGAAUACAUUAAAACAUGGAGGCCAAGGUAUUUCCUACUGAAGAACGAUGGAACGUUCAUUGGUUACAAGGAACGACCACAAGAUGUGGACCAACGGGAGUCCCCCUUGAACAACUUCUCAGUGGCUCAGUGCCAGCUGAUGAAGACAGAGAGACCUAAACCAAACACAUUCAUCAUCAGAUGCCUCCAGUGGACCACAGUAAUUGAAAGGACGUUUCAUGUGGAGACUCCGGAGGAGCGGGAAGAAUGGACAAAAGCCAUCCAAACAGUAGCAGACAGCCUUAAAAAGCAAGAGGAGGAAAUCAUGGACUUUAGAUCGGGUUCCCCCAGCGAUAACUCGGGUGCCGAGGAAAUGGAAAUUUCUAUGACGAAACCAAAACACAAAGUAACUAUGAAUGAAUUUGAAUACCUUAAGCUACUGGGGAAAGGUACUUUUGGAAAAGUCAUCCUGGUGAAAGAAAAAGCCACAGGACGAUAUUACGCAAUGAAAAUUCUGAAGAAGGAAGUAAUUGUUGCAAAGGAUGAAGUGGCGCAUACCCUGACGGAAAACCGGGUUUUGCAGAACUCUAGGCAUCCUUUCUUAACGGCUUUGAAGUAUUCCUUCCAGACACAUGACCGGCUGUGCUUUGUUAUGGAGUAUGCUAACGGAGGCGAGCUGUUUUUCCAUCUGCAACGUGAACGUGUCUUUUCUGAAGAUCGUGCCCGGUUCUACGGAGCUGAGAUUGUGUCCGCGUUGGACUACCUACAUUCAGAAAAGAAUGUGGUUUAUAGAGACUUAAAGCUGGAAAACCUAAUGCUGGACAAAGAUGGGCACAUAAAGAUAACAGACUUCGGGCUGUGCAAAGAAGGGAUCAAAGAUGGAGCAACAAUGAAGACUUUCUGCGGCACACCGGAAUACCUCGCCCCAGAGGUGCUGGAGGACAAUGAUUAUGGCCGUGCCGUGGACUGGUGGGGCUUAGGCGUCGUCAUGUAUGAAAUGAUGUGCGGGCGGCUCCCUUUCUACAAUUCGGACCACGAGAAGCUGUUUGAACUCAUCCUCAUGGAAGAGAUUAGGUUUCCGCGCACAUUGUCGCCUGAAGCGAAAUCCCUUCUGUCGGGCUUGCUGAAAAAGGAUCCCAAGCAGAGGUUAGGGGGCGGAUCGGAUGAUGCCAAGGAGAUCAUGCAGCACAAAUUUUUUUCCGGCAUUGUAUGGCAAGAUGUAUAUGAAAAAAAGCUGGUACCUCCCUUUAAACCACAGGUGACAUCUGAAACAGAUACACGCUACUUUGAUGAAGAAUUCACGGCCCAGAUGAUCACAAUUACCCCACCUGACCAAGAUGAUAGUAUGGAUUGUAUUGACAACGAACGACGACCGCACUUCCCUCAGUUCUCUUAUUCCGCCAGUGGAACGGCUUAAUGUUUCGCUUGUUUCAUUCACAGCAACCAAUCAAGACUGCAUAUUUGGGGACCUUUAAUUUCAACGGACACUAGAGAACUCUCUAUGAAACAUGAAUUACAAACUAUGUUUGUACUACGGUUUAGCUGAAUUUGUAGGAAGCCUCACAGGCUGUGUAUUUAAAAACAAUCCUGAUGCAUUUUUUUGAGUCAGAAUCUCUGAUAAAAAAAAGACAUAAUUUGGAGAAGGAAGACAAGAAGUCAUUCUUUAAAAGCAUUAAAAAUAAAAAAAAGCUUUUUUUCUUCUGGGAAAAAUGGCAUUUUAGGUUUUUAAGAAUAUGCACCAAAACUGUUUUCUUGCUAGAUGUUUUAACAUAGCAGCAACAUUCACAUUU